CAACCUCUAAUUGGCGCUGUUAAAACGCAAGAGCAGAUCGGCUGCGCUUCCGGGUUUGGUCCGGCAGGCGGCGCUGACGUCAGCCUGCGCGCGCAGCCCGGAGCAGAGCGUGAGAGGGGAGGAGCGGAGCCGGAGUUAAAGUAGCCGCGCACUGUGCGCGUGAGAGACACGGAGCAAAGCUUCCUCGCUCGGGCAUCUCCAAGGUUUCCGCCUGGGAGCGCAUCCACGGCACUGUCAACUUCGGCACGGCAUCGCGAAAGACAGACACCAGCCACCCGCGACAGGAGACACUGGCGCCGGAGAACAUGCUGGCGUACUUUGUGCCGCGCAGUUAAACAGCAAAAGGCACUGAAUGAAGAGCGCGCGCACACCCGAGCGACGGAGCAAAACAAGGGCGAGCGCAGAGGCUUCGGGAACACUUCAGGAGGAGCACCUGGCUAUACUCAAAAGAUCUCAUUAGACUGUGAUGAGCGUCAUCAUCUUCCACAGACUCAAGACAGUGCCACAUUGGCUCUGAAAGGAAGUGAUGUCGCGUCACCACCACCGGUUCGAGAGGGACUACCGGGGCGUGUGGGAGCGUCGCGACCGGCCUGCACUCCUCCACAACGGAGUGACCAAUAACGCCUGCACCCCUGCUGGCCCUACACUUGCUAAUGGCAACAACCGGCCUGGGCUGCUUCCUCUUCCUGUUAUUCCCUCCCUCCUGCCCACUCCGGUCACCAUUGCCGUGACGACGAGCAGUAACGAGCUGGGCGCCAAGCGUGCAGGGGUGCCAGUUUCAGCUCCGACAGUGAAGCCUGCAGGCCUUUCCCCUGGUGAGAAUCAGACUCCUGCACUGCUCCUGGCUCCAGGGUUGAGGUGGGGCCAAACACCCAUCAACCAGUCCACGCCAUGGGACACGGACGAGCCUCCAGUCAAACAGCACCGAGAGAACGACACCGCGGGGCCUCCAUGGGUUCCUCCGGUGGUUGCAGUGAGUCAGCCGGGUCUCUUAGCUCACUCAUACACGCUGCCUCAGCCUCCUGCCUACAGCCAGGGAGCUUCUGUCCAGUCGCCCGUCAUUGGCGUAACCCCUGCCAUCCAGACCCCAGUUCCCCCGCACCACCCGCUCAUGAGUGCACACUUCCAGGUUCCUCCGCACUCGUCUCAGCCGCCAGGCAGCCUCGUGCUCAGCCUGCAGAACCAGUCGCCUUACCAGCCACCCAUCACCCCUUCGCCUAUGCCAGCUGGAGGACACAGCGUAGUGGGCAACGGGCACCUGACUCACCCACUCAUGCAGCUGCCUGCUCUGCCUUCUGCCGCACUGCCACUGACCAACGGGCAGCCUUCGCCCGCCUCAGCCAAUCAGGAGGGCCUAAAUGGGCUGCAGAUGCUACGUACAGUGGGCAUGGGGAAGUACGAGUUCACAGAUCCUGGGCAUCCUAAAGAGAUGUUGAAGGAGCUGAACCAGCAACGCAGAGAGAAAGAAUUUACAGACCUGAAAAUUGUAGUUGAAGGCAAAGAGUUUGAAGUCCACCAAAAUGUUCUAGCUUCCUGCAGCUUGUAUUUCAAGGACAUGGUGAAAAGGUCCCUCGGGGAGACGGGCAGCGGGGAGAAGCUGGAGCUGCAGAUGACCAACAUCAGUGCUGACGUGCUGGAGAUGCUCCUGGAGUUUGUGUACACCGGCUCGCUCGUCAUCGACUCGGCCAAUGCCAAAACCCUGCUGGAGGCCGCCAACAAAUUCCAGUUCAGCACGUUUUGCAAAGUCUGCGUGUCUUUCUUAGAGAAACAGCUGACAGCGGGGAACUGCCUGGGGGUCCUGGCCAUGGCUGAGGCUAUGUGCUGCACAGAGCUACACAAUAUGGCCAAGGCAUUUGCCCUGCAGAAUUUCCCAGACGUGGCUAGCCAGGACGAGAUCCUCAGCAUCUCUAAAGAAGACCUGGUCAGCUACCUGUCCAACGAUAGCCUCAACACCAAGGCUGAGGAGCUGGUCUACGAGACUGUCAUCAAAUGGAUCAAGAGGGACCCAACCAACCGAGUACAGCACAUAUCGGAGUUGCUGGCAGUAGUCCGACUACCGUUUAUUCACCCCAGCUACCUGCUGAACGUGGUGGACAAUGAGGAGCUGAUCAAGUCGUCCGAGGCCUGCCGGGACCUAGUGAACGAGGCUAAGCGCUACCACAUGCUCCCUCACGCACGCCAGGAGAUGCAGACUCCCCGAACCCGGCCAAGACUGUCGGCAGGAGUUGCAGAGGUGAUCGUGUUGGUCGGAGGGCGGCAGGCCAUCGGCAUGAACCAGCGCUCUCUCACUGCAGUCACCUGCUUCAACCCCCAGAACAGCAAGUGGUAUCCGCUCGCUAGCCUGCCAUUCUACGACCGCGAGUUCUUCAGUGUCAUCUCAGCAGGGGACAACAUUUAUCUGUCAGGCGGAACAGAGUCCGGGGUGACGGUGGCAGAUGUGUGGUGCUACAUGUCACUACUGGACAACUGGAACCUGGUGUCACGCAUGACUGUGGCACGAUGCAGACACAACAGCCUGGUGUAUGAUGGGAAACUCUACACUAUCGGAGGACUCGGCAUGGCUGGGAACCUGGAUCAUGUCGAAAGGUAUGACACCAUCACUAACCAGUGGGAGACGGUGUCUCCACUGCCCAAACCAGUGCACUCGGCGGCAGCUACAGUUUGUGGAGGGAAGAUCUACGUUUUUGGAGGGGUGAACGAGGCCGGACGAUCAGCUGGGGUCUUACAGUCCUACAUACCCCAAACCAACACCUGGAGCUUCAUCGAGUCCCCGAUGAUUGAUAACAAAUACGCCCCUGCUGUGAGCCUCAACGGCUUCAUCUUCAUUCUCGGAGGAGCGUACGCCAGAGCCACCACCAUCUACGACCCGGACAAAGGCAACAUCAAAGCCGGACCCAACAUGAACCAUUCCAGGCAAUUCUGCAGCGCUGUUGUCCUGGACGGGAAAAUAUACACCACAGGAGGCAUCGUGAGCAGCGAGGGACCAGCGCUAGGCAACAUGGAGACCUUUGACCCCUGCACUAACACAUGGACUCUCCUACAGAAUCUGCCAUGCCCGCUCUUCAGACACGGCUGUGUGGUGAUCAAGAAGUACAUCCAGAGCGGCUGACAACUAGCGCGCGCACUCACACUCACACUCACACACACACACACACACACACGUACACACACACACACAGCCACACUCCUCAAUGCACUGCAGGGAUCCAAGUCAAAACACUACUCCACAAACUCCAGCGGCUCUCCCGGGUGGAAUGGAGUGGAACUCCACUGCUCGACAAGUCCACAAUCUGGAAGGGAAGUGUAGAGUAGCGAACUCUCAUUCACGGCUCUUGUGCCACAUGAGUAAUAAGCAAACAUUUGGACAACUACAAAAACUUUUCUUUGACAGACAUUUGUAGUUGAUUUAUAUAUAUUUUUUUGGCAUAUUCCUUUGAUGUUUUUUUUCAUCCUUCCAAUAACUACCUGCCCAUAACAGCACCGCGUCAUUUUCUUCCCCCCCCAACAAGCGCAUCGAGCUUAUGAAGAGAUGCUGAAAUCAAAGUUAUGGUUCAUCAUUGUUUCUGAUAUCAGGUCUAUCAGACAAGAGUUACUCCAUCGAUUCAGAGGAACUGAGGAUGAGAUCUCCACAAGCCUGCAUCGCCACGAGACAGCAUCACGGGUAUAAGGUAGCACCAGGUGUCCAGCAGUAAGACUGAAUGAACACGUGGAUUUGUUUUUCUCCCAAACACAGCCAAAGCACAAUCUACUUCUGAUUUUGAGGAAGACAUUGUACAUUUUUGUUCCUCCACUGUAAUCGGAAUCCAGCUGAAACAGGCUGUGGAUGGAGGAGUUCGGGGGGCUGAGGGUCCUGUAUCAUAGGGAAGGAAAUAUGUAUAUUUUAAAACGGAAGGUAAUUCUGUAUAAAUGUUUUAAAAAAAAAAAACGUUAAUAGGUUGAACAACAACAAAAAAAGACUGUAAAUCUGUACCCAAAAAGGACCAUUUACUUGUUAUUAAUGAUGAAACAUAAAACAGAUUAAAAAAAAAAAAGUUUGUGUCCUGUUUUUACAUUUAAAAAAAUCAAGCUAUACAUAGGCUUUUCAAUAUUUUUCAAGAAAACGUUUUUUUCUUGGUCGGGGUAAAUUUUGUUUUUUUUAAAAAUAUGGAUUACUACAGACGUGGCCUUUAAGAAUGCGCGUUUUUUCACGCGGUAUCACGCAAUUCGUCACGUGUGAUACGCGGUAUACUGCCAGCACGGCUCUAACCAUUUAAAUUCAUUUGUUGUGCUUCACACAAUAACCACCAGGUGGCGCAUGUAACAACAUACUGAACUGUACUUCUGAACACAGUAAAAUAAAAUGGAAUGCGAGGGCGAAUAGUUCACAUAAAAAUGUCACGUUUCUCAUCAAAACUUAGGAUAAACUUAAACAAGUUUCUAAUUACAAGAUUACGUAAAAUGUAAAGUGAGCGUGAUCGAGUCUCGCUGUACAGGUAUGUUAAGGAGGUUUUGUGUGUGUGCUUGGAUACUGCUGUGGUAGCAUGCAGGUUUAAUGGGGUUCGAGCCUCAGCUCACCUAAUUGAUUUUUAAAUGAGCUGGGGUUUUUUUCUAACCAAUAAGUAUGCUUUAAAAAAGGUUGAACACAAACUAAGUAUAGACACGAAGUUUAUACGCAUAUGUAAAAAAAAAAAAAAAAAAAAAAAAAGGAUGCAUGCUAAAGUUUUAGAGGGAGAGAAAACUGGAGAACCUGUAGGAAAUCCAUACAAGCCCAGGAUGAACCAUGAAACACUACAGAAGUGACCACAGUUCAGCACUGAACCUGCAACCCUUGGAACAUGAAGAAUUAACUCUACCCAUUAUGCCACUCACCACUGCAGCAUCUGAAUCGUGCCAAAACGCUUAAUGCAAGUCUCAGGGGUAAAAAUAAAUAAAUAAAUAUUUAGGACAUGUGGAAGCUCUUCUUUCAUGGCUGCCAAGAACAUGGGGAACAGUACUGUUAACUGCAUGUUUUAAUGAACGCACAGCUUCACACUGAGAUCAUGAUAUCAUUUAUGUGAUUAAAACUAUUUCACGUUUCUGUUCCAAGGGUUUCAUUCAAAAACUAGUUAUUGGUUAGGUUCAUUGGUCAAACCCUUAGAUGUUUACUAUUCCUUAUAUAUGUCAGUUUGAGCGUCAGAAUCACCCUGAAACAUUUCAUUCAAUCAUUACAUAUUUGUCCUAAUCAGAGUCACGGUAGUCUCACAAGUGUUCAAGAAGUGGGAGAAAACUGGAGAACCUGCGGGAAACCCACACAGGCCCAUGAGGAACCUUGAAACUCUGCAAAAGGGACCACAGUUCAGCACUGAACCAACAAGACUUGUAACAUGAAGUCAUAACACUAUCCAUUACGCCAACUCAGCACUGCAGCAGGAGCAAGCUAAAGUUUAACUAGCUUACCAUAUGGAUUAAUUAACUAAGCGACAUUUACCUAAUCUGCUAAAAAAAACAGAAGUCUUUAAGCAAAGAAAUAUGAAAGAACAAAUCAGAAAAAAAUAAAUAAAUAAGUAUGCCCUGCUUUUUUUUUUUUUUUUUUUAGGUGUACAUAAAUUAAGCAUGGACACAAAGUUUAUAUGCAUACUUGAAAAAUAAGUACGCAUACUAGAAUUUUAAGUAUGUAUGGCAAAAUUGAAAUAUACCUACUUAAAAAUAGGUUUGCAAAAUAAAUCCAGUAUAUUCCUGUUAACGACAAAUGAAGGGAAAAGGCCAGUGCUGACAUUGUAAAAUGAAAUGCUACCGAACAGUUUCAUAUAUUCGGUCCUCAAAUUCAACAUGAAACGUAACGUUAAAAAUGAAGAAAUCACACAGAAAUGAAGACGUUCACCAAAUAGUACAAUUUGCACCUUUUAUUCAAGUAAUAUCACAGCAGUUUAAGAAAUUACAGUAAAUGAAUUAAUUUCAACAGGACUUCCACUAAAAGAAUGCUUGGCUGGAUAGUAACCAGGUUUCAAAUGAGUCUUUUACCAAUUUGAGAAAAUGGGGCAAAGACCCUGGCAAUAGCAGAAAUACAAAACCCCAAAAGUAGAUCAAUAAAUAAACAAUAGACUACAUAUUAGAGGCAAUUAUUAUAUCACGGAAACAAGUUUAUUUAUAUUUAAAAAAAAUAAAAUUAAAAAAAUAAAAUAAAAUAAAAAAUAAAAAUAAAAAAAGUGUGUGUGUGGUGGGGAGGGGGGUUGGGGGGGAUUGGAGGGUUGAAUCUGCAUACUUCAACUACCCUCCCGAUCAUGUCAACAAACUGGAUGUUUAACCAACUUGACUUUUAAAAAUGGAAAAAUGGAAAAGGAAAUGACUUAAGGAGCAUGAGCUAAGCCACAUUUAAGUGUGUGUAGCUCUUCUUCAGGGGAUGAUGCAGGAUCAGAAUGGGGAUAUACUAUUUUUCAUUCAGUAACACUUGUUUAAGGCUCCAGUCAGGUGUCAGUAGUCAGGCAGUUUUGCAGUAGGCCAGUUUUUGGCCUAGCAACAGCACAGAUAUUUGAACAAAGAUGCAACUAGACUACAUCAAACCAAAUGUGGAAAACAGAGCUAACGUGAAAAUGACACUCCGCACUAGUUUAUCACCAGUACCAGUUGUUUCUGUUGGAGCUGUAUGUAUCAGAAUUAUGUAGUCUGCAAUAUCAAGCACAGG